GCCAACUCUUUCAUUAACGAGGGCGUCGAAGAGUUUAUGAGCAUAUGUAAAAUAAGUUAUGGUUCUGCAGGAAGAGAUUACAAGAACGUCUUGAUGAAUAAUCGUUCCUUUCGCAAGGAGGCCAUGGAGGGGCACAAACUCAACGAGGACUCGAGAGAAGCAGACCCAUACCUGAGAGCCUUCCGGGAACAGGAACUGAAACUCGAGCAGAUUCGGCUGGAUGUCAAAGUGAAGCCCAAGGUUAACUUGCCUAAGUGGAGCAUGGGCGAGAGAAGAAACAAGAAGGCUUCCUUCAGAACAUCUUUUCUCGCAACAAAUACUUGAGUCGCAUGCGAUCUAAGAUGCCGAUACGAGAAGUCCCUCAAACCGUGUGGGAACGAGCGUCUGGCGUGCCCGGGCUCCUGGCCAAGCCGAUCUCUCUCCGCAAGUCAAAGCUCUCAGAAGAAUUCUCAGCGCCGUAUGAUAGCGACUCUGCGACGUCGGAGGAGGAGGAGGAGGACCAGAAGGAGGAGGAGAUGUAUGCUCUCGAGAUCGAAGUCAAUCCGAUCAACGGCGAGGGGAUGCCCCUGCUUGUGAACUCUCGGAGUGACCGGGUGCUGCAUCAGCCAGCAGCAGCUCAGAGAAAUCAAGGACGCGAGAGACGAGAGAUAGUUCCCAAACGACACGCAGCUUAGAUAUACUG